AUGGCUCCACUACCUCAAGGUUUGGAUUUUAGAAUUGGUUGCAAUGCUUUAUAUAGAGAUUUGAUUCUUAUAACGAGCUAUGGUAUUCAAAAAAUUAUAUUCCUAAUUAAAACUUUCACCGUCUUACUAUUCAUUAUAUAGAAAAAGAUAAUCAGUAUAUAAAACUUUAUUCAAUAUAAAAGGGUAUAAUUUAUAGCAUAACUCAAAACAACUACCAAGAAGUCCCCAAUUUGCUGUUAAAUGGCAAUUAUUAUUAUAAAUUUAUGCUGAGAGGGAAUAAAAGAGUUUAUUUAUUUGAGAAAGGGGGAAGGACUUUUGAAAGUGCUGAAAACAAUGUUUUUAGUUGGACUCAAAUAGGGACUAAUAGCAUUCCUAACAGUUAUAAUCAAUCAAGUGCUGUUCGCUAUAAGGGUUGCCUUUACUUCGUUGUUUAUCCAAAUCAGCUGUGGAAAUUCGAUCUUAGUUCUAAGCAAGCAUCUCAAGUAGCAACAGUCUAA